AUAUUAGUUUUAAAUGUGAACGUAUUACUGAUAUUAUUUCAAAAGUAAAAGAAUUGAUUAAAGAAAGUCAAGAAAUAGAAGUUACUUUAAAUACAAUUGUAUUUGAUAAUAAAAAGAUCCAGUCUAAUAAUCCUUUAACUACUUCUAUAAUUAGUUUAUCUGUAAAUCCUAUUUUAUUUGAAAAAACAAGAAAAACUACCAUUCUUAAGUCACCAUUAUUGGAGGAAGAGAAAGAUUUUGAAAUUACUAUUACUAGCCUUUUCACCUCAAUUCCAAUACAAGUAGAUCCUAAUAUUUGGACAACUAAUUUAACACAACAGAUCAAAGAAGGAGAUUAUUUUGGAUCUCCUAAACCAAAAACAACUAUGUCAGACAGUACAUAUUCAUUAAAUAAAUUAUCUUCAUAUUCUAGAGACCAAGU